AUUACUCCCUCAACUCCAACUCCAACUCCAACUCUGUGAAAACUCCGCUAUAUAAACCUAUCAAUUGCCUCUUCUCUUUCCCACCGCCCUUUGUGUCUGGCGUCGUUCGCUGCGCUGCAUCUGCUGUCGUUCUUCUCCGGAUCAAGUCCUCGGCUUUAGCUUGGGUCCUCCCGAGGAAGGCGGCAAGGGAAGGAACGCGAAUGGCGAGCUACACCCCCAAGAACAUCCUUAUCACUGGGGCGGCGGGCUUCAUCGCGUCCCACGUCGCCAAUCGCCUGGUCCGUAACUACCCUGACUACAAGGUGGUGGUGCUCGACAAGCUUGACUACUGCUCUAACCUCAAGAACCUCCACCCCUCCCUCUGCUCCCCCAACUUCAAGUUCGUCAAGGGCGACAUCGCGAGCGCCGACCUCGUGCACUUCCUCCUCCUCACCGAAUCCAUCGACACUAUCAUGCACUUCGCCGCCCAGACCCACGUCGACAACUCCUUCGGCAACUCCUUCGAGUUCACUAAGAACAACAUCUACGGCACCCACGUCCUUCUUGAGGCCUGCAAGGUCACCGGCCAGAUCCGCCGAUUCAUCCACGUCAGCACCGAUGAGGUAUACGGAGAGACCGAUGAAGAUGCCGUCGUCGGCAAUCACGAGGCGUCGCAGUUGCUGCCGACUAACCCCUACUCCGCCACCAAAGCCGGGGCCGAGAUGCUCGUCAUGGCCUACGGCCGCUCCUACGGCCUGCCCGUCAUCACGACGCGGGGGAACAACGUCUAUGGGCCCAAUCAGUUCCCCGAGAAGCUCAUUCCCAAGUUCAUCCUCCUCGCCAUGCGGGGGCUGCAGCUCCCCAUCCACGGAGAUGGAUCCAACGUCAGGAGCUAUCUCUACUGCGAGGAUGUUGCGGAGGCCUUCGAGGUUGUGCUUCAUCGAGGCGAAGUCGGCCAUGUCUACAACAUUGGGACGAAGAAAGAAAGGAGGGUGAUUGAUGUGGCCAAGGAUAUCUGCGGGCUCUUCGAUCUGGAUCCCAACUCUGUCAUCAAGUGUGUGGACAACAGGCCCUUCAAUGACCAGAGGUACUUCCUGGAUGAUCAAAAGCUGAAGAACCUCGGGUGGUCGGAGCGGACAACUUGGGAGGAGGGACUGAGGAAGACGAUGGAGUGGUACACUAGCAAUCCUGGUUGGUGGGGCGAUGUCUCCGGUGCGUUAGUUCCUCAUCCACGGAUGCUGAUGAUGCCUGGAAUCGAGAGGCACUUUGAUGCGUCUGAAGCCACAAAGGACAUGGCUUCUCAUUUCACCAACAAUUUGAGUCAGACAAGAAUGGUGGUUCCUGCUCCAAGAAAUGCUGCUGCUUCCCAAAAGCCUCCUCUCAAGUUCUUGAUCUAUGGUAGGACUGGGUGGAUUGGUGGUCUCCUUGGGAAGAUAUGCACAAAACAGGGCAUACCUUUUGAGUAUGGAAAGGGUCGUCUGGAGGAGCGCUCACAACUCAUAUCGGAUAUCCAGUCAGUGAAGCCAACGCAUGUUUUUAAUGCUGCCGGUGUGACUGGCAGGCCUAAUGUCGAUUGGUGCGAGUCUCACAAGAUGGAGACAAUUCGCACCAACGUUGUGGGUACUCUUACUUUGGCAGAUGUCUGCAGGGAGCAUGGGUUGUUGAUGAUGAACUAUGCUACUGGGUGUAUAUUUGAGUACGAUGAUGCACAUCCAGAAGGCUCAGGCAUUGGUUUCAAGGAGGAAGACAAGCCAAAUUUUACUGGCUCAUACUACUCGAAGACAAAGGCGAUGGUUGAAGAACUUCUGAGGGAAUAUGAUAAUGUAUGCACUCUGAGGGUUCGAAUGCCAAUAUCCUCUGACCUGAACAACCCACGGAACUUCAUCACGAAGAUCAGUCGUUAUAAUAAAGUGGUAAACAUUCCCAACAGCAUGACUAUCUUAGAUGAGCUUCUGCCAAUAUCUAUUGAGAUGGCAAAAAGGAACUGCAGGGGAAUAUGGAAUUUCACAAAUCCUGGGGUCGUUAGUCACAACGAGAUAUUGGAGAUGUACAAGAAAUAUAUUGAUCCCAGCUUUAAGUGGGCUAAUUUUACGCUUGAAGAGCAGGCUAAGGUCAUUGUUGCUCCUCGCAGCAACAAUGAGAUGGAUGCUUCAAAGUUGAAGAAAGAGUUUCCUGAGUUGUGUUCUAUAAAGGAAUCACUUAUCAAGUAUGUCUUUGAACCAAAUAGGAAGGUCCCGCUUGGUGGAGAAACCAAGCGAAACUAGAUAAUGUAGAAAUUAGAUCUAAUUUCUCAACCUACAUUACCUAUGUUGAACCUUGUUCUCUGCCUUUAGUUGUUCUAUUUGCUGUAUGUCUGAUCUUGUCAAUUAGUGUUCUUCGCUUAAUGCAUUGUAGUGAAGGCAAUGGGUAUUUUGCCAUUUAUGAGAAUCGUUAUUGUUAAAGGUCUAGAAUUUGAAUGGUCCUGUCCAAUUAAUAUUGUAGGAUAUCUAUUGAAUCACAGCCGAAUUGUUGUAUCUCUA